AUGGCCGGCAGACGACGUCUGCAAGAGCUUUUCGCCAGGUACGACCUGUCUGGAGAUGGUGUGUUGUCAGAGGCCGAGAUGAAGAACGUCUUCGGCAAGGUCGGCAUAUCCGAAAAGGAUGCAGAGAGCGUCUUCCAAGCUGCAGACAGCAACAAGGAUGGAGUCAUCCAGGUGCAUGAGUUCAUCUCCUGGCUUACAGCACAGAAGACAGCUGUGAAGGCUGUCCAAGACACCAAGCAGAAAAAUGUCACCGUGCACGUCAUAAACUCCUCGGAUCGUGUCAGCAAGCGCUUCACGUUCACCUUCAACGGCUGCAAAAACAUGGCUUUUCCUCUCGGGAAUCCUGCCGAGUUUCUGUUAAGCCCCGGCGAAGAGUUUUCCAAGGUUAUGCUUGAAGUUGCAGAGAAAGGGAAGGCGUGGAAAUGGAGUUACCGGUGGUCAUCGCGAUCGGAGUUUGCAGGAGUGGAGGAUGACCCCAACGCGUUCCAAGAUGGUGAGUUCCCUCAUGACAACUCCAGCAUCGGAGAGUCCUCGACAAAGUUCAACGUUGGGAGUCCCGAAGUCUGGGUUCGAGCUCGUGCUUUGGGAGAUCCAGCAGAGGCUGUUCUGUUCGAUCAGAUCCGGCCGCAGGACAUCGUUCAAGGCUCCCUGGGGGAUUGCUGGUUGCUGUCGUGCCUUUGCUCUCUGGCCGACUACCCGUCCCGCAUCAAGUCCUUGUUUCCCAGUUCCAGGCAGCUGAAUGAAGAAGGCAAGUACGUGGUGCAGCUUUUCGACAUCGGCACGGAAGCUUGGACAGAGACUACAGUUAACGAGUUCAUUCCGUGCAACAUAAAGAACGGAGUUGCGGUGCCCACCUUCGCCAAGCCAUUGGGUGAAGAGAUUUGGGUGCAACUUAUCGAAAAAGCCAUGGCCAAAUUCUGCGGAAGCUACGGGGCUCUCUCCGGAGGAGGUGUGGCUUGGGCAUUCCAAGUUCUCACCGGUGCAAUUCAUGUCCUGUCGUUUGAGAAGCUGUCGGAGAAUAAUUGGAGAAGACGUUUCAUGCAUCAGCAGAAGCAGUUGGAGCGUGGGGCGCGGAAUCCCCGAAGCAGCUGGUGGAAAUGGCAAAACAAGGACACACACGACACGAACCAGCUCUUCGAGUUGCUCCAGAGCCACCGGCAUCAGGAUCAUAUCCUCUCCUGCAUGAUCGCUUCGCCAUCAGGAGGUGCCGAAGCGGCCAAAGGCAACGGCCUGUAUUUGAGGCAUUACUAUGCUGUCCUCAAUGUUGUGUCUGAGAAACAGGACGAUGGUACGGAGGUUCAUCUCGUUUUGCUUCGGAAUCCCUGGGGGAGAAGCGAGUGGUCCGGAGACUGGAGUGACAGUAGUGAGAAGUGGGAGCGGAAUCCGAACCUCAUGGCCAAGCUUGACACGCAAGUUCGCCUUCACCUCAGUUGCACUGCUGUUUCGCGUGAAGGAUUCAAUGCCUUGUCAGCUUUCCGGCGGUGGUUUGUGGGUCUUUGGACCGAGGAAACGAUGGCUCUGACGAAGACUAUUGCAGAGUUCGCCAAAAGCAAGCAACUGCAACGAGCCAUCAGCAUCUUUGAGAAGUUCGAGAAGGAGGGCCUGCAGCCCAGCGUUUACACUUUCUCCAGCCUCAUUAACGCGUACGUGCGCACCGCGGAUCUUGCGGGAGCUUUGGAAAUCAUGUCAAAUAUGAAGACGCGCGGCAUCAAACCAAAUGUGAGUAUCUUCACGAUCCUGCUGAAAGGUUACUGCCAAGCAGGUGAUCUGCGUGCAGCGCGGGAGCUUUUGGACGAAAUGGUAGAGCAGGGCGUCGCACCCGAUGCUCGGGCCGUCAAUGCCUUCUUUCGAGGCUGCGUUUACCAUGGUGACGUGCCGAUGGCAAGCGAAGUGUUCAGUGAAAUGGAGAGCAGCUGGCAGCUCGUCCCAGAUUUUACAAGUCUGCGCUAUGUCGUGCAGCUCUUUAGCCAGGGACUCCGGGUUAACACGAUGAAGCACUGCCCAAGGAAGCUGCAGAAGGCCACCCCGAGCAUGGAAGACAGUGGGGCGAAGAAGAUGGGCCAGCAAGCUUGUAAGUUCUGGGCAUCUGGAACGUGUACAAAGGGGGUCAACUGCAAGUUCAGCCACGAUCUGGAAGCAUCGCCUGAGAUCCAGGAGAGGCUGCAGCGAGAAAAGGCAGGUGCGAUGGCUGCAAUGAGCCUAUCGCUGGCCCAUGCCGCAGCGAUGCUUGGAAGAUGGGUCUUAUGCCGGCGCGCACUCAACCGGGCAGAGGAGUUUUAUACGUCAGAUGACGGCAGCGGAAGCCAUGGCCUGUUUCAAGAGCUGAGUCGUGAAGAAGCUUCCAGAGAGAUUCGACGGAUAUCCCGUUUCCUCCAUCAAGAACAGCAGCCUGAGCCGUAUCCAUUCCUCUGUCGCACGUUUCUUUUCGGCGGCUCGUCGUGUGCGGAGAAGGCUGAGCUAGCGCAGUGGUGUGUCGACGAGCUUGUUCGAUCAUUCGGACUGGGAGAGAUGCUCCUCCGGGCGGGACUUUCAGAGGAGGAUGCGCUUGCAUCCUUCCGCCGCUGCUUUUCGAAGAAGUUGCGUCUGCGCAGUUGCCAGAUAUUUGCAUCGGGCGUCUGUGGGAAGAGGAAGAUUGAUCACAGCGAUCCAUCCCUGCCCUUGAAGAUGGAGAUAUGCUCUGGGAAUGGUGAUUGGGUCGUGGCUCAAGCCAAGGCUGAGCAGGGGCUGGCUAAUUGGAUGGCGCUGGAGCUGCGGCACGAUCGCGUGCACCAGAUUUUCAGCCGCCUCUGGGCAGCAGCUGUUCUGUGUAGCGGCUGCAUACCUCUCUUGAAAGACUUGUCGCAUGCCAGUCAAACGAAGCUAGUAAAUCAAUUCGCUGAGCUUGAGUGUGAAGACGGGUUGUCAUGGGCUGCCCGUCGAUCCGAUUUCCGGCUCAGGGAGACUUCCCCAAGUUACAUCCAGUUACACGCAAUGCGGCGGCGUGUGCAUGAGCAGGCCGAGCAGGAGGCAACUGCGACUGCGCCAAGCACGGAUGCCGAGGAUUCAGAGACGAAGCUUCACGGCGAGCUCUUGGGACAGAGCUUCAUGCUGACGAAGUCCAUAAUUCUUCGGCUUUUGGGCCUGAUGUAUUUUGUCGCCUUCAAGGUGGCAGCCGAUCAGAACCUGGCAUUGAUGGGUUCGCAAGGAUUGACCCCCGUUGCACAGCGCUGGGAAGAGCAUAAGAAAACGGUGACAGCUCUCCAAGGUUUCCAGGAAGCUCCAAGCAUCUUUUGGUUCACAGAGCUGAGUGAUCAGAGCAUGCAGUUGCUUAGCUACUUCGGACUGGCAUGCAGCCUUGCGAUGAUGAUGGGGCUUCACUCCUCCAUUCUUGCUGCAGCUCUCUGGCUGUCUUAUUUCUCGAUUGUCACUUCCGCUGAGGAGACCGCUUGGUACAGGUACGGCUGGGAGAGCCAGCUGCUUGAAACAGGCUUUCUCGCUGUUUUCAUAUGCUCCCCCUUGGAUUUGUCUGCGAGCCCAUCACUGCCAGUUCUCUGGCUCUUCCGCUGGCUUUGCUUCCGAAUCUCUACUGGUGCUGGUCUGAUCAAAGUGCGAGGAUCCAGCUGCUGGACAGACCGUACUUGCUUGUGGUAUCAUUUUGAGACGCAGCCCAACCCAUCACCUUUGUCCUUUCUGUGGCACUUCUUGCCGCGAGGCAUCUUGUCAGCCGGGGUGGAUUUGGACAUAUGUGUACAGCUCUAUGCAGCGUGGUUGGUCCUAGUUCCUGGCUGGGGCCCCCUUCGACAUCUGAGGCGCCUCGGUGGGCUCAUCCAGGUCUUCUUCAUGCUCAAUAUUGCCCUGUCCGGAAACUUUUCCUUCCUGAACCAUUUGACCAUAGUGCCAGCACUUGCAUGUUUGGACGAUGAUUGCCUUUCCGUCUUCUGCACGCGGGCGGCGAAAGCCCGCCUUGGUGCUACCCGCCGGCGGUGUCGCCUCGGCCUCGGUGGUUUUGCCCGUUGGACGAUUGACCUAGCUCUCGUGUCGAUCAUUGCAUACCUCUCCGUACCUGUGGUCCAAAACUUGCUGCAGUCGGAAGGGAAGCGCCAGAUGAUGAAUGCUUACUUUGGAGCGUUUCGGCUUGUGAACACAUAUGGCGCCUUUGGGAACGUUGGAAAGGAGCGCUAUGAGGCUAUCGUGUCGGUUUCACAUGAUAAAAGGAGAUGGUAUGAGCUGGAGUUCCCCUGCAAGCCUGGCAGCCUCACUCGUCGUCCAUGUCUGUGUGCUCCUUACCACUACAGGCUCGACUGGAACAUUUGGUUUCUGGGCUUCAAGCCUCACCAAGUAUACCUGGAACGACGUGAAACUUGGAUGUGGUCAUUUUUGGCCAAGGUCUUGGAGGGCGAUGCCACGGUGCUUAGCCUGUUGACACCGGAGACGGCUGUAAGCAAAGCAUAUUUCCCGGACGGACCUCUCAACGACCGAAAGCUGCCCAAGUUCGCGAAAGUUGACAUGUGGAGAUACCGAAUGCGUGCCCCACUCUGGGUCAUUGCAAGGGAAUAUGCGCAAAAUGGUACAGCCGUGUGGUGGGAGCGGGAGAAAGCAGAAGCCUUGAUCCCACCUCUCGAGAGGAAUUACACGGUGCUCGUGCGGAUGCUGCAGCACGCAGCGAUUUGA